CUUUAGACGCUGACUGACAAGAGACCGUAACGCGGGAAUCUGGAGACGAGUUAAAUGUGUCUACGAUAGUCACUGUUUUCACCGUUGACUCCCUGCUGGAGGAUCAACUUCGCUUAUAGAUAAUUUCAUGCUCGCCGUUUUGUGUAGACAUUACGCUGCACACCCCACAGUUCAGCCAUGCCACUGCAGGCCUUCUCUGUCCCUUUUCCUCAAACUCGAUUCUUCAAAGCUGGUACUUUCAUCUACAAGUUCAAAAUCAGAGGAGGCAGCAGCUACAGAGGAGACGAGACUGUGGGAGGAACCUGCCUCGAUCAUGAACUGGAGGAAAUUAUCAGAACUGUUCUCAGCAACCUGGACACUCUCCAACCCUUCUCCAGUACCCAUUUCAGUGUCUUCCCUUAUAAGAAGCGAUGGGAGGGAAUAUCUAAGGUGAUGUGCAAACAUCGCAACAGGAAUUUAAGAGCCUACCCAUUUAUUCUUAUCCUCUACCUGGAGAGAAAUGGGAAGCAAGCAGAGGAGAAGUUGAUCCCAGAGAACGAGGUUGCACAGCAAAUCCCCUCUGUCUCUGAGCCACAGUCAAAACGCCAUAAAAGAGAAUCACCACUAGAGGAGGCCAUACUCAAGGACUUGGAGACUGAAACCAAGGCUUCUGUGGUAAGCAGGCUGCACGUGGACAAUCCACACGCAGGGGAAGAGGUCAAGGAAGAGGUCAAGGACGAUCCAGGACACGCUGACAAGAAAUCAGGUGUCAGCAUGGUCAUAGGAUGUGAGACUUCAGGUGAGGGGAAUCCUGGGACAAUAGAGAACAUGGACAAGGAGGAAGGCCUUGAGGAGGGAGAAGAAGAUUCAGACUCCGCACACGAGUCACCCGUGAAGCCAGGGAUUUUAGCCCGACUGGCCAGCUCCAUCUUCCCCUUCUCCUUUUUCUUCAGAGACACCUGAGAGCCAUGGCAGUCAGAUAGGAGAAUUACUGGUUGCAGUAGUGGAAGAUACUGAAGUGAAGUUCUGCACUGAAAACAAUGGUUUUGUUUUGUUUUUUUAGGAACAGUGUUAUGUUGAUCUGUUUGGUUUUGUUUUCCUUCAUCUCAUAUUAUUCAUUUUUACAUUAGUGUCUGCAUUAGUGUUUGUGGGGGUUAUUUUUUCUGUUUUGCUCAGAUGUUUCCUCUUGUUCUCUUCAGUCAUGCAUG